AUGACAGAAAGUGGUAAACCAGUUUUAUUUAUAAAGAUAGAUGAAGUAGUAGAUAAUGAUAAUGUUAAGCACUAGCAGUUUAAUAUGACUUAAGAGGCUAUGUAAUUAUUAUCAUCCAUUUAAGAUAGAAAUAUAGCAGUUUUAGUAAUUGCUGGUCCAUAUAGAACAGGAAAGUCCUUUUUAGCAAAUAGAUUUUUAAAAUAAAUGGAUGGUUUCGAAAUAGGACCUAGCACAAAUCCAUGUACUAAAGGAAUUUGGAUAUGGAAUAAACCUGUUAAAUUAAAUGAAACUACGGAUCUUAUAAUAUUAGAUACUGAAGGUCUAAACUCUAUAUAAAGAGAUCAAACAAUAGAUAUGAAAAUUUUUUCUAUUUCAGUUCUUUUAGCUAGCAUGUUUGUAUACAAUAACUUAGGUCAUAUAGAUGAACAAGCAAUUGAAAGUCUAUCUUUAGUUGCAAAAUUAAGUGAAAACAUUUGUAUUUAAAAGGUGAACGAGAAUGAUUAAAAAUUAGGAGAAUACUUCCCUCACUUUUUUUGGGUUUUAAGAGAUUUUUCAUUAGAUUUAAAAGGUAUGACUCCUAAUGAAUACUUAGAAUAGUGCCUAAAACCUCUACCUGAAAAUUCUUAGGAAGCUAUCAAAAAGAACUAAAUCUUAGAUAAGUUUAGAUAGUUUUUUAGAGUUAGAGAUUGUGAAACACUAGUUAGACCAUUAGAAGAUGAAUCAAAGCUGGCAAGGAUAGAUAAAUAAGAUUGGAACACAUUACGUCCUGCUUUUAUAGAAGGAGUAAACAACUUUGAAAAAAAAGUUCUGAUGAAUAUAAAGCCUAAGACUAUACAAAAUAAAGUGCUAAAUGGUAAAAUGUUUAUGGGAUUAGUAAUUGAGUAUUUGUAAGCAAUUAAUUCAGGAGGUAUUCCCACUAUCUUAAAUAGUUUAGAAUCUGUUAUUAGCAGCUAAAUUAGAAAAGUUUAUGAAGAAGCAAGAGGAGAGUACAUGAAAUAAGUUAACUAAGAAUUCUCAGUAGAUAAGCUCCCUCUUGAUGAUGAAAAAUUUUAUGAGACUCAUAAUAAAAUUACAAAUAGUAUAUUUUAAUAUUUGUAAACAAAGUCAAAAAAUUUUGUAGAUGCUGAUUAGCUAAUCACAUUGAGGAAUGACUUGUAAUAAAUUAUGGAGAGUGAAUUCAAAAUUAGAAAGGCAACAAACUAAGAAAUUGCACAAAACAAAUGUAAAAAAAUAUUUUUAGACCUUUUCUAAAAGUUACAACACUCAAAUUACAAUAACUCUGAUCAAAUUAUACGUAAAUUCGUUGCUGAGAAAUUUGAUGAUAUGCAGUAAAUUUUAUCAUAGUAUAAUUCAUAGACAAGUGGAAACUUCAAGUAUUAGCUUUUCUUUAAUUAAUUCCCUUAAAAAAUAUUUGAAUACUUCGAUAUAGCUUUUCAAAGAUUUUAUGACUUGUUUAAUGCAGACAUCAUCAAAGUUAAAGUUUAGCUGUAGGAAACAAAUGAAACAAAGGAGUUAAUAAAAAAUUAGGUAUAGCUUUAAGAUAAAACGAUUUUAGAUCUUUAAAGAGAUGUUAAUGAAGCACAAAAAUAAAUUGAUAACUUAAAGAGAGAAAAUAACAAGCUUAAAAAAAGCUAAGAAAAUAGUGACAAGAGUUAAUAUGGAAAGAUAGAAGAGCUAGAAAUGUCAAUUCAAAAAAAGAAAGCAAAGAUAUAGAAACUAAAUGAAAAAUGCUAAGAAUUAGAAGAAUAGAACCAUCAAUUUAAAUUAGCUUUGAGUCAAAAAAAAAUAGAAAACUAGGGUCUCAGAAAGGAGAUAGAAGAAUUAAAGAGAAUGGGAUCUUAGUAAGGAAACGGAGUAGAGUAGGAUGAUAUACCUGAUUUAAUUAACUCAAUAAGAGACCUUAAGACAUAAGUUUAGUAUAUGGAUGACUUCUUUUCUUCAAGAAGAAGUUCAUUAAAUUUAAGCAUUGGAAGCUAGGAAUAAUAAUUUUAAGAUUUUGAGUAGAUAAGAAAAGAAAAGGAAAUUCUUAAAAAGAAUAAUAAACAAAAGUUAGAGCAGCAAAAAUAAAUAUAUGAAAAUGAAAAAUAAGAGCUUUAAAGAAAAAUUGAAGUCCAAGUCAAGUACAUUGAUGAGAUAAGGGCUAAAAACAUGGAAUUAAUUAACUAAAAUUAAGAACUAAAAACAAAGUCUACCUAAGUGAGUAAUUUAAUUCAAGAAAACGACAGACUAAGAGAGUAGCUUGCAGCAAAGCAAUUUAAUUUAGAAACAAACACAUAAGUCUUAAAUGAGUUUUCUAAGUAAAUAGAGAAAAAAGCUGGCAUAAUUAUUGAACUUGAAAAUUAAUUAGCCUAUAUUAAAUCUUAUAAUUGUUAGCUAAUAUCAUUCAAAGAGACCUUUCCAUAUAUCUUAAGAGAGUCCCUCAAAUAUGCACUGAACAGAAACAGUAUGAUCAAACACUCCCUUAGUAAAUUGAAUGAUGAAGAUGUAAAUCAAGUGAAGGAUUGCUUCACCAAAGCAGGAAUAUAAUUUAAGCUUUGA